AUGUAUAAAGGAUAUAUAGAAAGGAUGUUCAAAGAAUUUUAAGUCCAGCCAAUUUAUUUGCCUUUUGAAUUCUAGUAGAACGGAGGCGAGGGCAACAUCAUUAUGGAUAUGGAUUUAGUCAGAUAGUUAGACUAAUUCAUCAAGUAAAACAUGAACUAAAAUAACGAACAUACAAUCCAAUAAUUUAUACGCAUGUUUUCAGUUCAAUUACUCUUACCUUUACAUGUGGUUGAUGAAUUAUUAAGCACCAUUCAAGAAAUACCAGACUAGUAAUUUGAUGAAGAAGUGAUUGAAUCAUGUCAAAGACAAUCCAUCAAUAGAAUUAAAGAACAGACUCAAUUAGAAGAGAUGAAAUUCAUAACCUAAUUGGAAUUGUAGAGUGAAUAAAAACAUGAAUAACAAAUAUUUAUUGAUGAAAUGAAAGAAGCUAAAUUGAUUGUCCCUUUGGCAAAUUUAAAAUAAUAUCCAUUGGGCAGAACCUCAAUCACAAUCAGAGCAAAACUAUUUAAUAAACCAAUAAUAGAAAGAGAACAAUUAUAAAUCAUUGGAGAUUAUUGUCUCUAAUUCAGAGACGAAAGUGGAAUGUGCUAAGUAUUCUUCACCAAGAAUCGAAUAAAAGAGAAGUUUUAACUGUACUAUGAGAAUCUCUAAGUCUAAACUGUUUAUGACAUAAGCGAAAUGGAAAUACAUCAAUUUAAAUAGACAUAUGAGAUCAAAGUCACUUCAAAUACAUAAUUUAAAUUAUACACUAAAGUACCUGUCUUAGAACAAUUGCCAAGUGCAUUAAGUUACAAUUUAAAGAAUGGAGAGGAGAUUAUCGUUGCUGGCAUGGUUGCAGAAAUAGGCGAAUUGAGAUAAUAAAAUAAGAAGUUAACUCUAUACACUCUGCCUAUUGAUACCAACACGUAAUACUAUAAGAUACCCUUAAUCUUAUGGGACCAAUAUAAAUUGAUGAAUUUUAAGGUAGGCGAUGUUUAUGUUUUUGAGGGUGUAUUAUUAAAAAUAUACACUGAUGUAAUUGAGUUAAAAUCAUUGAGAACUAGGUUUAAAGUUUAUACUGAAGGAGAUGAGAAGUACCAGGAUAUUAUAAAGCAAAUCAUAGAUAAAAAACACAAUUGGCUCUAAAAGGAUAAUGCAGAGAUUCAAAUUGAAUAGGUAGUGCAAUAGCCGGUUUUUUUGAGUGACAUUCAUUAGUCUAUCAAUUGUGCUUAUUUCAAUACAGUUGUUAAAAUACUGAAGGAUAUGCCAGCAAUAUUUUAGAUGAAAAUAUAAAAGUGUGUUAGACAAUUAAUAGUUACUAGCGAUAAUAAUAAUAGUCAAAUAAUUGAAUUGGUAGGGGAUCGAUUAUGUUAAAAGAUUUAUCUUGCUGAGGAGGCUAUCAUCUUUAUUAGUUAUUUACAAAUAAUCAAUAAUAAAGUUGUGGCCAAUGAGCAUAACACUUAAAUCAGAGUGUUGCCAGAUGAUGACAUUGAUUUUGCUGAGCAAAUCUCAUUGUUAAAAUAACCAUUCUCUAAACCCUUAUAGUUAUCACAAAAUGAAUUAGAACAAGAUGUAUUGAUUAAUGCAUAGAAAAGGAGUUCAAUCAAAAUCAAAAUUAACCAAAAACAGUCAGGGAAUUAAAAUUAAUUACAAAUACCUUCUGACAGUCUUAAAAAAGGAAUUGAUAGAAAUGAAUUGAUGAAUGAUAUUGUAUCCUUGUUGGAAGGCAAGACUCAUAAGAGCAGAUUCAAUAUAUUGGUUCAGAUAGACGAAUUGUUUGAAGUCAGACAUUAAAAGGGGAAUGUCAAACUAUAGGACCUCAGAAUAUCGGAUGAAUCAGAUUCAGGAAAAAUAACCUUAUGGAAUAAUCAGAUUUGCGAUUAUAAAAUUGGACAAGCAAUCAGGAUAGAUCAAGUCAUUUAUGAUACGAGUAAGCAAGAAUUCAAGACUACAUUUCAGAGCAAAGUGAAUACUAAUGUUCCUAAUAAGAAUCUACCUGGGAAACAGAGAAAAUAGAAUUAAAAGUAAUUAGUGAUUGAUGGAGUUGAGUAUCAGAAUUUUACAUACAAUCAAGAACUUAAAUUGAUUACAGACAUAAUCAAAUUAUAAUACAGUGUAUCAGAAGAAUUACCUUAUUAAUAUUGCAGAGCAAUGAUAUCAGAAAUAAUGAUAGCCAGACUCUCUCAAUAGUGUCCAUAAUGCACUUUUACUAAAUUGGUGUAAAACAACGAUGUUUAUGAAUGUUCUGGAUAGAAUGGAAUUAAACAUAUUGUUACACUCCCGAAGAUAUUUUGUUAUCUGAAAUGUAAACUAACAGACUUUACUGCAUCUAUUGAAGUUGUGUUUGGAGAUGAGAUCUGUUAGUAAUACAUCCCUCAAAAUAUUCUUAAUGAAUUAUAUAAAAAUCAAAUGUCAGUGGUACCAUACUUUGAUUGCUUGAUGUACAAAGAGUUUACAUUCAAAUUGUGGUUAUAAAAAUAGAAGGAUUAGAGCAAGAAGAUUAAAAUCAUGAAACUAUUCUAAACAAAUUACUUAAAAAUUAUAGAUUCAUAUUUGUGA